CCAACAUCAAACACAACGCCGCUCCUCUCCACUUUGGCUAAUCCAUUCCGCCAUAACUUAGUACCUAGAAUCCCAUUUCCAAGUGCAGAUUGGCCAACCGUGGCAUCAUGGAGGACACGCAGACGCCCCUGGGCGAGUCCAUCAAGAUAUCAUGUGAACGAUGUCGUCGCCGCAAGAUCAAAUGUGACCGCAAGCGACCUUGUUCGCGCUGUGUCAAGGCCGGCACAGAGUGUAUCCUCAGCGGGAGUGGUGAGAAGCAACGACCUAUAUCCAAAGGCUAUGUGCAGGCUCUCGAGGGCCAGGUCGCAUCCCUGGAGCUGCUCAUCCGCAAACUCGCCGUCGCUGACAGCACCGAGCGAGACGACAUGCUCUCCGAGCUGGCCCUUUCACCUCCGGACUCGGCGGACCUCUCAUCCUCCAAGCCUGCCUUGGAACAAAAGACAAACGCGGACCCCAAGGUUGUCGCAGCUCAGGUGCGCUCUGGGCAGUUGAGACGCCCGCGAUCAAGCAAUGCGACGCAGUUCUUUGGCGGCACCAGCGCGUUCCACAUCCACCUCUCACACGAGGCAUCCAUCUCCCCUAGCGACAGCAAUUCCCCGUUGGAAUUGAGCACCGCGCCUCCAUUUAACAGCUCGGGAUUGUCUGAGAACAACAGCGUCAUGAGCUCCAGUGACCACAGCUUCAUGUAUGCGCCUCACGAUGAGACGUCGCAGAUGUGCAUGGCAGCCUACUUCAAAUACCAGUAUCACUUCCACAUGCUCGUGUACAGGGAGUAUUUUCUGCGCGACUACGACAUAGGCUCGGGCAAAUACUACUCAGAUGCGCUGCUCUUUUCCAUCUGCGCCCUUGGUGCCAUGCAGCUCGACGACUCCAGAAACAUCUCCGACAUCUUCGCAAACCAGUCCCAAACGCUCAUCUACUCAAUGCUGGACAGCCCGGAUCUCACGACCCUGCAAGCUCUGGCCCUUCUUGGAUACCGUGAGAUUGGUGUUGGGCAUACGUCCAAGGGUUGGCUCUUUUGCGGAAUGGCCUUCAGAUUAGCACAUGAAAUGGGACUCCAUCUAGACCCGAACAACUGGGAUGCAUCGGCUGAAUCCUCAAAUCGGGCAACGGAGCUGUCUGUCCGCGACACAGAAAUCUUGAGGCGUGUCUACUGGGCCAUCUUCAUCGCCGACAAGCAGCUAAGCCUGUAUUUUGGAAGGCCGCCAGCUCUACAUCCCAGCGAGUCCGACGUCCGCAACACGAUUCGGCUGCAGUAUCCGCCCGAUUGGGAGGGCCUGCUUGAUACCUACGUCUGUAAAGGCACAUCGGCAACGGAAUUUGAGGAUGGCGUCGCCCUCGUAGGGUCCUUCAUCUACCAAGCCGAACUAUGCAAGAUCGUUCAUGUCAUGAUCACCGAGUUGUUUGAGAACCGCAGAGGGAACGUAGACGAUACGGUGGCGGCAGCAAGGUCGAGGCAGAUUCAUGUCUCAUUAACCAAAUGGCUAUCCAGCCUUCCCGGAACCCUGCAUUGGAAUCAAUGGACGGUCGGCGUUGUGCAACCAGCGGUGCUCCGUAUGCACAUGUUGUUCCACACGGUCAUGAUUAUCCUCCACCGGCCUCCAUCCCACAUGUUUGAGAAGCCAGGAAUCGCUGAGAGUGAAGACGUGGAGAUUUGUUACGAAUCACUCCAGGCCAUCCUGCGGCUGAUGCGAACCUACUCGCGCCACUACCGUUACCGAUCCCUAUCGCUAGACUUCGUCCAGACGCUCUCCACGGCGGCAGGCACCGUCAUGAUGAAGCGGUUCUUCCAGUGUGCGUCCUGGGACGACUCGGACAUUGCGCGCUCCCUAUCGACGAUCCUCGACGCGAUGGAGCAGGUACAGCACACGUGGCCGUGCGUCGGCGAGCUCAAAGACUACAUCGUGAGGGCGCGCAACGCCCAGGCGGUGAUGCCGCCCGAGGAUCCGCUCAACGUGCCAGACUUGAUGAACGGUCUCGAGCUCGGCCAGGGCGUGACGGCGGAGCUGAUGGCGCAGUGGAACGAGGAACUGGGCACGCUGGUGACGGACGAGUUUCUGAACAUACAGCUUCAGGCUCCCGAGCAGGGGAUUCACGCGCCGUUUGAUUUCAACCAGAAUCCGACUUUGGGACCGUGAUGGAUGUGGGAAGGGACAUGAUAAAGGCUCAUCGGCGUAGGAGUUUGUGUGUUUUUGUACAGGAUUGUGUAAGUACUAAGAUGAGCGUAUAGGUGUACAUGCGGCGAGCUGCAAUGCUUGCUACGUACUAAUAAUCGGGAGUGUCAGUCACAAGAAGCCGCGCUCACAAACAUGAAAAUAGUGCAAUCCAUCUUAGCAGGAUAAUAUCCACAGACCCGAGGCUACUUUAGAUUUUAGAAACUCAUUAGGAUGCAA